CGAGCGCCAUUGAACGCAUUAUUCCCGCAUGGCGGACGAUGACCUGACCGGAUUUACGUGUUAGCAAGCAUGUAUUGUGUAGUAUCUAGUUGAGUGGUAAUUCUUUUUUCUAAGUAAUUAACUGAAUUGAAAUACAAGCUUUAUAUUGACAUCAUAAAGAGAUAAGUUUAAAUAGUGUGUGAUUAUUGAACAAAAUAGUGCGCAAAAGUUGUUUUUCUCAACUAGUCAAGGAGCAAACAUAGGAGGCAGACGAGUGCUCGUUGAGCAUGGCGUGGUGUGCGGUUUAGUAAACAACUUGUGUACGAAUUACAUAAAAAUCUAUGACCCACAAAAUCAGUUUUAAAGACACGCAGUAUUGGAAUUUUCGAUAAAUUAUUUUCAGUGAAUUGUGAGAAAUAUUUGUGGUUAGUUUCUUUUGUUAGUGUGGAUAGUGUUUUUUUUGCUGUUCGAUUCAAGCUUGCUGAUUGUGGCGUGGAAUUUUUGGAACACGGCGUGCUAUGGUUCAAAAUCAGAUACAUCACCAUAAAACCUCAUGAAAGCUGGCUGAAGAAGUUGAUAACAAAAAUGUAUGGAACUGAUAAUUAAAAAGAAACUAUAAAUGGAGUAAAUAAGUGAACAUCAUAAAUAUUUACAAGUGGAAAAAGAGACACCUAAAUCAGUGAAAUAAAACUCUGGAGACCAAUGGUCAAACCAUCUGGAUCGGGAUGACUUCACAUCAAGUAAUUUGGCGACACAAAGCCCCAAAUGAUAAACAACAUGUUUUUGAUGUUUAUAUGAAUGGCAUGAAUCAAAGAAAUGUUUCCUGAACACCGAUUUGUCUACCUCAGCUUUAAGGCAAAUAUGAAGUGGUGUCGUCCACGUCAAUGCCGCUGACAUUACUGCGGUUACUUGAAAGGUGUCAUUACAUUAUCAAUAACAUCGAUCACGUAAAGAUAGUGGAUUGAUUCUGAUAAAGUUAAAGACACCUUCAAGUAAGGAGAAGAAGAAAUAACUUGAAAGAAUAAUUAAAUGAUUUGAUUCCAAUGGAGUCUUCCAUAGUGAAUAAAAAAGAAGACGAAAGAGAGUCCAGUGUUGGAUGUCCAAAUUGUUUAGUCCACCUAAACUCAUCAGCAAGACUGAAUGAUACAUGUGAGCUUUGCUCACGUCUUUAUGGCAAAUCUAACAACGUCACGUUGACUACAGCUAAAAAAUUAACAGUCGAAUGCCUAAAUAGUGUCAGUUGGCGUUGUUGUAAAAGAACAAUGAUAAAACAUCAACGUUCUUCACAAUCUUUAAAUCAGUGCGGAAUGUCUAGAUGUGCUUCAAGUGUUGUGCGAUGGAGUUCUUUUAAUAAAACGUUUUCAUACUUACAUCUCAUCUUUAUCAUCGUAAUUUUCUUUUCUUUUAUAACUGCCAGUUAUGCGCAAUUAAGUACUUCGCUUAAAAAAACCUCGAACUCCUCCAGAUCAGAUGUGUGCCAAAGCAUAGACAUAAGAAAUAGCGUGACUCAAUUUUCAAGACUGGAAGGUUGCCGAGUGGUCGAAGGCUUCGUACAAAUACUGUUGAUCGACCAUGCAGAUGAUGCGGCUUAUGCUAAUCUCACGUUUCCAGAUUUGGUGGAAAUUACUGGAUACCUUUUACUUUAUAGAGUGAAUGGAUUACGAAGUGUUGGUCGACUCUUCCCUAAUCUAACUGUCAUUCGUGGUCAUUCACUGUUCAUCAAUUAUGCUUUGGUAACAUUUGAGAUGAUGCACUUGCAAGAAAUUGGCCUACAUCAUCUAACUGAUAUUCAACGAGGUUCUGUUCGUUUUGAAAAAAAUCCUGCUCUUUGCUAUGUUGACACUAUUGAUUGGGAUAUAAUUGCCAAAGCUGGCAAAGGAGAGCAUGUUAUAUCGGGUAACAAACCCAAAAAUGGAUGUCCAGUAUGUGAAAAAAACUGUCCAACUCGGUUAACUAAGCCAGAUGAUACUUUAUGUUGGAACAGACAACACUGCCAAAAAAUUUGUAAUCGAAAGUGUGGAGAUCGUGCAUGUAAUCCGUCCGGAGAAUGCUGUGAUCCGUCAUGUUUAGGAGGAUGUACUGGACCUACAAAUAAAAAUUGUACGGUAUGUCGAGAAGUAGCACUUGACAACCAAUGCGUCAAGCGCUGUCCACCGGGCAGAUACGAGUUCUUAAAUCGUCGUUGUAUCGACGAGAAUGAGUGCAGGAAAAUGAAGAAACCCCGGGAGGCGUAUGGCAAUGUACGAGAAUAUCCGUAUAAGCCAUUCAAUAACACUUGCGUGAUUGACUGUCCAGCAGGAUACAUGGAUGAUGAGAAAAAUGGUAAAGCAAGGUGUAAGAAAUGCGAUGGUCCCUGUUUAAAAGAAUGCUCAGGUGCAAGCGUUGACAGCAUUGCUUCAGCUCAGAAACUACGAGGAUGUACUCAUAUCAGAGGAAGUCUGGAAAUUCAAAUACGAGGAGGAAAAAACAUGGUGAAGGAGCUAGAAGAUAAUUUAAAUAUGAUAGAGGAGAUUGACGGCUAUUUAAAAAUAGUUCGAAGUUUCCCUCUAAUAUCUCUAAACUUUUUGAGAAAUUUAAAAGUGAUAAAUGGAAAUGAUUUAGAGAAUGGCAAGUACACAUUGGCUGUACUUGAUAAUCAGAAUCUUCAAGAGCUCUGGGAUUGGAAUUCCCAUCCACCAUUGACAAUUAAAUCUAAAGAUGGACCUCCUAAAGUAUUCUUUCACUUCAAUCCAAAGCUUUGUCUUCAAAAGAUCGAGAGAUUGCGCGAUGUUGCAAAAUUGCCUCAAUUCACAGACUUGGAAGUUGCACCUAAUAGUAAUGGUGAUAAAGUAGCUUGUAAUGUUACUGAAUUGAGUGUUCAAGUAACGAAGAAAACAGCUGAAGCAGCUCUUAUCCAAUGGGAGGCAUUCAGACAUCAUGAUCCUCGAUCCUUAUUGGGUUACGUUGUGUAUUUUAUUGAAGCAAACAAUCAAACUGUCACGAUGUAUGAUGGUCGUGAUGCGUGUGGGGGUGAUGGAUGGAGAGUUGAUGAUAUUGCGGCAGAAUCUACUGAGGCCUCACACAUUGUAUCGGCUUUACUUACUCAACUAAAGCCAUAUACACAGUAUGCAUUUUAUGUUAAGACCUAUACCAUAGCAACUGAGAGAUCAGGUGCUCAAAGUAAACUUCAAUAUUUUACAACUAUGCCUGGAGUUCCAAGUGCACCAAGAGCGCUUCUCAUUUGGAGUAAUUCAAGUAGCGAAUUGGUCAUGUCCUGGCUUCCUCCGCUCAAAAAAAAUGGAAAUUUAACUCAUUAUAGAAUUAUCGGUAGAUGGGAACAGGAUGAUCCCAGUUUCCUCGCACAGCGAAAUUAUUGUGAUGAACCUUUACAAACACCCGAAAAGAAACCAAUAGCAGAGAUGGCCGAAGAUGAACGUAAGCGAGCAGAGGCAGAAAGUCGUGCUAAACUGCCAGAAAUAGCAUCUUGUGAUUGUGCUGAUCGGGAAUCAGAUCAAUCUUUACGUGAGAAAGAAGUUUCUAGUUCAAUCGCUUUUGAAGAUGCACUCCAUAAUCAAGUCUAUGUCAAGAGAAAUAACAAUAGAAGGAAGCGUGAUACGACCAGUCAAAUGCUUAUCGCUGCUACUCAACAAAGAAAGUCCAAUUUUUCUUAUGAGAAUGGAAAAGAUGGUGGCACAGAUAAGAAAAUAAAUGGUACAUAUAGUAAAUUUGAACGAUUGAUACCCAGUUCAAAUCUCUCUUUUGUCAUGCAAAAUUUAAGACACUUUGCAGUAUACAAUAUUGAACUUCAAGCAUGUCGUGAAUCAAUCCCAAAUGAUUCCAAUGAUAAUUGUUCAACUAAAACAAUGAGAAGUUAUCGAACUUUGCCAUUUGAACACGCUGAUGAUAUCCCAGCGGGAUCUUUUAAAGUAGAAAAGAUUAGUGGUAACAACAGCCAUCCAAUGAUAAAGUUACAAUGGGAUGAACCACUGCAACCCAAUGGAUUGAUUGUUACUUAUCAGAUCGAAUACAAGAGAAUUGGAAUUCAAAAUGUUCAGCCUGUAUUAGUUUGUAUUCCUCGACGAGAUUUUGUAAAUGCUGGCUACUCAUAUACUUUAAAAGACUUGGCAUCUGGGAAUUACUCAAUAAAAGUUCGUGCGACAAGUUUAGCAGGAAAUGGUGCUGACUCGGAAGUACAAUAUUUUUACAUUGAAGAAUAUAGUACAAGAGGAACAGUACUAAUUAUAAUAUUUACCAUCAUGGCUUUAGUAUUGUUAGUAAUUUUAGCUACAUACUACGUUUGUAGACGGAAACUAAUGCGAAAUGUUCCCAGUAUGAGAUUGAUAGCAACUGUCAAUCCAGAAUAUGUUAGUACGGUUUAUGUACCUGAUGAAUGGGAAGUACCGCGUAAAAAAAUCCGACUACUUCGAGAACUUGGAAAUGGAUCUUUUGGAAUGGUUUAUGAAGGUGUUGCUAAAGAUAUCAAUAAAUUAAAGCCGGAGAUCCGAUGUGCUGUUAAAACUGUCAAUGAAAAUGCUACUGAUCGUGAACGCAUUGAAUUUUUAAACGAAGCAUCUGUAAUGAAGGCUUUUAAUACUCAUCAUGUUGUAAGAUUAUUAGGAGUUGUAUCACGAGGACAACCAACCUUGGUUAUAAUGGAAUUGAUGGUAAAUGGCGAUCUUAAAACAUACUUGAGAAGCCAUCGACCGGAUCAAUGUGAAAAUAUGUCAAGACAGCCUCCAACUCUCAAGAGAAUUAUAAGAAUGGCAGCAGAAAUAGCUGAUGGUAUGGCUUAUUUAUCCGCAAAAAAAUUUGUACAUCGAGAUUUGGCAGCUCGUAAUUGUAUGGUAGCGGAAGACCUCACUGUGAAAAUUGGUGACUUUGGUAUGACCCGAGAUAUUUAUGAAACGGAUUAUUAUAGAAAAGGAACAAAAGGACUUUUACCAGUGAGAUGGAUGGCGCCUGAAAGUUUAAAGGAUGGUGUAUUUACUAGUUACUCUGAUGUAUGGAGCUACGGAAUUGUCCUGUGGGAAAUGGUAACACUUGCAUCACAACCCUACCAAGGAUUAUCGAAUGACCAGGUUCUACGAUACGUUAUAGAUGGAGGUGUUAUGGAGCGUCCAGAAAAUUGUCCAGACUCUCUAUAUUUACUAAUGCGAAGAACUUGGAACCAAAAAAUAACAAAAAGGCCUACAUUUAUCGAUAUUGCUACGAUGCUUCUACAAGAAGUACCCUUGGACGGGUUUGAAACUGUUAGUUUUUAUCACAGUCCAGAAGGUAUUGAAGCUCGUACUCAAAACGCCUCUCAUUCUCCUCAAAUCGAUAAAGAUCUUGAAAUAGCAACACUAGAAGAUUUACGAGAAGAUGAAAGAGAGGGUGAUGAAGGUUCGCCAUUACGUGAAGAUUUUGAAGAUUUUGCAAAUAUUGAUCCUACUUGUUUUAAGAGUAGUGGUAAUUUAAAAUAUGAUUUAGAAUUUUAUGGUGAACAUUCAAAACUUCCGAUUAAUUUUCACGAUUUGAAUUUUUCAAAAACACCUCUCAAAGCUGGUUUUGAGGACUUUGAUGGUGUAUCCGCAGGAUCAUUAUCAAGCAAGGGUACUUUAGAUUUUCCAUUUGUAGAAGAAAACCUCAAAUCAUUAAAAAAUUCCCCGUCCAUAAAGAACAAUAGCGUGCCUCAUGUAAAUACAAGUCCAUUAUCGGGGAAAAAUUCUGUAAGUCCACAGAAUAAAACAAAUCAAAUGUUUUUGAGAAAUCGAGGACCUAAUAAGUCACACAAAAAUAGUCCGGACUAUGAAAACCGAAGUCCUGAAAUCUUAUCUAAUAUUGAAGCAAAUGACGUAGGGUCUACUAGGAUAGAUUGCCCGUCUUUAGAUAACGUAGACGUGAUUGUCUCAGUUCAAGAUACAGACACACAACUUCAAACUGAUUACUUGGAAAAAGGAGAAAGUCUGAAUAAUGGAUAUAUUAGUGGAACGACUACGUAGUCUAAGAAAUUUGUGGUGAAUGGUAGAGUUUAUUAUCGAUUAGAGAAGUAAAAAAUAAAUAAAUAAUAGGAAGCUUUUUUACAUGAACUCCUAGAAUUGUAAUAAUUUUUAGUGGCAUGAAUGUUUUAUAAAAUGAUAAAAAAAGCUUUUGAAUUUUGAAAAAGGAAAUCGAAAGCUUUGAAGACUUUAUUAUGUAUAUUGCUGUGUUUAUCGUUAAACGAAAGGAAAAAAAAACAAAAUUAAUGUUUUGAAGUAACAUUUAAAGUUAGUAUGUAUUUAAUAAGCUACAAUUUUUAGCCUUUAUACGUAAAUGUGUACGGAUUAAAAACUUGAUUCUUAUUGGUGCAGGUUCAAUCAAGCUCUUAAUUCCGUCUUCUUUCAUAUACCCAAGGUUGCUACAGUUGUACAAUUAAUAAUUAAUUUGUGUUGCUGAACUUUACAUUGCGAUGUUUGACUACUGAGCCAGUUAGGUGAAUGGUUUCAAUACGUAAAUAUAAAUAUAACUAUAUUAAGAAUAUUUUCUUAUAUAAAAAUAACUUAACAAAAUUUUUUUAUCAAAAAUGAUGAUAUAAAAAAUUUUCUAAUUACUAUUAAUUAUGCAUAAAACGAAAUUUAUUAACUGACUAUCAAAUCAGUUAACUGAUAUGAUUCUAAAUUGAGCUUGUUAUUUUAUUGAUUGAAAAAUUAUUUUUAAGUGAAUAAUUAUAUAAAUUUCAAAUCAUUUGUUUGAAAACUAACUGAAAAAGCAUGUCGUUAUUUUCAAGUAAUAUUCUUAAUUAUAAAUUAGAAAAAGAAUAUCUAUCUAAAUAAGUAUUUUUUACUGAGAAAAAAAAAUAGUUUUAUAAAAGAAGAAUUAUUAAUUCUCUAAUUAAAAUUAAAAAAUAAACACAAAUAUUUAAUUAUUCAUCUAUUGCUUUAUUAACUCGUACUAUUAUUAGGAUUUAUUUACUCACGAUUUGUAAGUGCUACUAUACAUAAUUAGUGGAUAUAAUGAUAAAUUAAUACUGACUCAGUGGUCAUCAAGCAGUAAAAAUUAAAAUAAUAAAACUAAUUUCCGUUAUAAGAAAUUAGAAAAAACGAACAUGAAUAAAAAAAAAGUAACGCAAUACAAUUAAAACUAGAUAUGAUAAGCCUCAAAAUACAAGACUGAUUAGCUAUUCUCUCAUAAUCUUGCAAUUUGUUAAUGAGUUAACACAAUAUGGUAGAAGUUCCACGAAUUUUCUUUUCUUAUCCGUAAUGCCAUUUUUCGUUUAUUUUGCAAACAUACCCGCUUAAAUGUAUUAAGUAUUAUUAUUACUAUUAUUAUGAAUAAUAAUUAUAGUAAUAAUAACAAUGAUGAUAAUAAUAAUUAAAUAUAAUGAUUAAAAUAAGAAUAUUAUUAGUAAUAAUAAUAAUUUUUAUGAAUGAAAUGAAUACAAUAAUGAUGAAUUAAUAAUUAAUAUUAAUAACAAUAAUUAUUAACACAUCAGUAACCCAUUAAAAAGUACCCACUUUAUUUUUAUCGCCCAUAUACGCGAUUAAUCGAGGUUUUAAAUAAAAAAUUUUGUACAGUUGUAAUCCACAUUAUAAAAUGUAACAAGCCACUGAAAAAAAAAUAUAAAUUGUACUGUAGUUAAAUUGAACUUCUAGAAAACUCUUUGGAAAAAAAAUAUGGCAAAAGAACUAAUUACAUAUUAUUGCCAAUUCUUGAAUAGUAGCUUCACUUUUUAUCAAUAAUCUCAUGUCAGUUGUAGAAAUUUCCGAUUUUUUCUUAACCAUUCGGAUAUUUUACUAAUUAUUUUUAUUUAAAUUUUCGGCGUUUAUGAAACAAAAGAAACACAAAA